CGGCUUCUCGGCGCAACCCUUCUCAAACUUUUUUCACGUUAACGAUGUAACUGCCCGGAUUCGGAUCACGUUAGGUGCGAAUCUUCGGACAUAUUUUCCGGGCAUCAGUGAGCGUCCAGCAGGAAUAAGAAUUUGGUCGCGGACAGCAACAAGUCCCCCCCGUUUUUCUGCGGCGGUUCCGGUGCACACAGGGAUGAUCUCCACGGAUGCAGAAUUGACCGGUUCGCUGUUCCGGAUCGCCAGUCGCCGGAUGGAUUCUGCCAGCGUGAUUUGUUGUUUGGUUGCAUUUUUGCUCUAUUAUAACACGCUGGACGCCGGUUUUGUCUACGACGACCGGCGUGCCAUAUUAGGAAACACAGAUCUCCUUCCAAAAACCCAAUGGACAAGGGUAUUCUACAACGACUUCUGGGGAACACCCCUCAACGAAUCUGGCUCACACGGAUCAUACAGGCCCCUAUGUGUCCUGACGUUCCGUUUGAACUACAUCCUCAACGGUUUCCAACCGUGGGGCUACCAUUUAACGAACAUAAUCCUGCACUGUCUCGCGACACUGCUACUGAUCAAAGUGUCCAGGAGGUUGCUUCCGAAAUCGAAACAAGGGCUGGGUUCCGCAAUGACAGGUUUGACGUUUGCGACCCACCCGAUACACACAGAAGCCGUGGCCAGUGUGGUCGGCAGAGCGGAUCUGGCCGCUUGCAAUUUAUUUUUGUUAGCGUUUUUAGCCUUUUCGAAACAUGUUAAAAUAAGGGACAAUAACAAAGAUGUAGAUAGCCUAUUGAGAAACGGCUUGGAAAAGCCGAUCAACUCCAAAUAUCAGAAAAUCGUGCAUUCCCUGCACAAGAACGUGACGAGCUGCCACUGGACCAGGAGAUGUAGCAGAGAAAUGAAAGCGGAGACGCAUUGUGUUGUCCAGAGAGUAUACGCUCCCAGGGAGAGCGAGGAAUGUGAGCAAUACAGCGUGAACAGCAUUAAAGUAUGGACGUAUUUGUCCGCUUCCAUUGUACUGGCAGCUGCGUCCAUGUUGAGCAAGGAAACUGGAAUAACCGUCGUUGGAGUCUGCUUGCUUUACGAUUUUGUGUAUUCCUCCGCAUCCAGUAAGAAAAAAUGGCAGACAGCUCUUCCCCUUGUGAUAUCGACAGUGAUCAUCCUGAUGUUCCGGCUCCAAAACAAGCCGCCGAACUUCUCAACCGCCGACAAUCCCACAUCAAAAGAAUCCAAAUUUCUCACCAGGUUCCUGACGUUCAGCUAUCUUCCAGUAUUCAACGUGUGGCUGCUCCUUUUUCCCUCAACCCUCAGCUUCGACUGGGGCAUGGACGCCAUACCUCGGAUAACAUCGCUCGCCGAUCCAAGGAGCUUCAUAACCAUCAUGUUCUACAUCGUCCUUAUCGUUACCACGAAAUAUUGCCUCAACAGCGUGUCGGAAAACCCUGACCACGCCAGGAAGUAUUGCAGGAAGAAGGAUACCAGAAGGACAAAACCGUGUACAGUGUGUAAUCAAUGCGUCGCAGAAUGCCACACCGCCUCGUGCCGCACGAACAACAAUAAUAACAGUGUGAACGGGCACUUAUCGUGUUUGUGCUCGCGGCAUUUUAAGAUGGCGAACGACAGGAGGAAUUUAAAAACGUCGCACGUGGUCCUUCUAUCGAUCGGCUUUUUGGCGAUGCCCUUCCUUCCCGCCACCAAUCUCUUCUUCUACGUCGGUUUCGUUGUGGCGGAACGGGUACUUUACAUUCCGAGCAUCGGGUGGUGUUUAUUGCUCGGAUUAGCGUUCUCCUCUGUGUGGAACAAUACGAAAUACCGGCUGUCGCUCGUCGUGUGCUUCAUAACGGUCCUGGUAUCGUUCAGUGUCAAAACCGUGCUGCGAAACGAGGUCUGGUUCGAUGAGGAGGCCCUGUAUCGAUCCGCUGUUUCGGUGAACCCUCCCAAAGCUUAUGGAAACCUUGGAAGUAUAUUGAGCAGCCAAGGAAGGAUAUCUGAAGCGGAAACAGCGUUCAGAAAAGCUUUGGAGUACAGGCCAAACAUGGCAGAUGUUCACUAUAACCUGGGCAUCAUACUACAGGGUAGCAAGAGACUAGAGGAAGCCAUUGAGAGUUACAAAAGGGCCAUACACUUCAGACCCACUCUUGCAUUGGCUUAUGUCAACUUGGGAACAGCACUGAUAGCUGCUGGUAGAUGCCAAGAGGCCAUAUCAGUUCUACAGCAAGGUUCCAAGUUGGAUGGAACGGGACUCAAGGACCAAAAAGAACACGAGUCUGCUAGAGUGUCUGCCCUCCUACAACUUGGAGCUUUAUACUCAGACCAAGGCAGGCUUCAGAAAGCUUUAGUCACCUACAGAGAGGCUGUGCAUUCUCUGCCGAAUCACUAUCCACCUCAGAGUGUAUUCAAUGUGCUAGGAGAGACACUGGCCAGGCUUCAGCAAGAUGAGGAGGCUGAAAGUUGGUACAGGGCAGCUUUAGAUGCGCAACCGGAUCAUGUUCCUGCACACAUCACAUACGGCAAACUUUUGGCUAAAAACGUCAGUCGUCUCAGUGAAGCAGAACAGUGGUUCCGGAGGGCCCAAAAACUUGCCCCUGGAGAUCCUAGUGUAUAUCAUUACUAUGGUGAAUUUCUAGCAUCAACGAAGAGAUACAAGGAAGCUGCAGUACAUUAUGAAAAAGCAGCUCAACUAAGGCCGAUGGAUUUUGAGUUGGCAGUAGCAGCGGCAACAGCAAUGAGACAGGCUGAAAGAUACGAAGAAGCUGAAAUGUGGUACAGGAAGGCCGUAAAAAUUAAACCAAUGGACGCCAGAAGCUACACGAACCUGGGAGCCAUCCUACAUCUGAACAGAAAAUACGCCGAAGCUGCUUCCAACUACAGGCACGCCCUGAGAUUACAGCCCAACGACGCCACCACGAUAACGAAUCUUCACAAACUCCACGCUAUCACAUCCACCUGACGAUGGUCCAACGACGACUCCAGAAGGAAUUAAAAUUUGUUAACCAAAUCGCGACUGAUAAGUGAGAUGAUUUGAAUUUACAAAAAAAAAUUUUGAAUGGGGCCACGAAAAAUGAAACUUUUAUAAGAUUCGUGUUUACCAGAGGAUUAAGAAAUCUAGAUCCGAGAUCACAAGGAUUUUCUGGUAGGGCGAGAGAGAAGGGACGAUUCGAGAAAGAUUUUCAACAGGAGUUUCUACUCAUUUGUUGAUUCAAACCGUUAGUUUUUGUUUGAAGUUUCCAUAAAGCUUCCAAUUUUAUAUUCAUUGUUCCUCUUUGAUUCAUACGAAGGUUUUUUAUUUAAAAUUUACUGGAGUUCCCUUUAACACAACAGCCUAUGUAUACUAAGCUCGACAGGGACAAUAAUGAUGUAUUUUUGGCAUCGUAAAAUUUCAAUCUCUCCUCGUGAAGGGCAAACUGCAAUAUAUCCUAGUUCAUUUCAAUCAAGACUUA